UGGCCGUGGAAGCAUGUCGGGGCCAGUGCCGAGUCGGGCCAGGGUCUAUGCAGACGUGAACACUCAGAGACCCCGCGAGUACUGGGACUACGAGUCGCACGUCGUGGAAUGGGGCAACCAAGAUGACUAUCAGCUUGUGCGGAAACUCGGCCGCGGCAAAUACAGUGAAGUCUUUGAAGCCAUCAACAUCACCAACAAUGAGAAAGUGGUUGUGAAAAUCCUCAAGCCUGUGAAAAAGAAGAAGAUCAAGCGUGAGAUUAAGAUCCUGGAGAAUCUCCGAGGAGGCCCCAACAUCAUCAGCCUGCUAGACAUAGUGAAAGACCCAGUGUCUCGGACGCCUGCCCUGGUCUUUGAGCAUGUCAACAACACAGACUUCAAGCAAUUGUACCAGACGCUCUCCGAUUUUGACAUACGGUUCUACAUGUACGAAAUCCUAAAGGCGCUGGACUACUGUCACAGUAUGGGGGUGAUGCAUCGAGACGUCAAGCCACACAACGUCAUGAUUGACCACGAGCACAGAAAGCUGCGCUUGAUCGACUGGGGGCUGGCGGAGUUCUACCACCCCGGCCAGGAGUACAACGUGCGGGUGGCCUCGCGGUACUUCAAGGGACCGGAGCUCUUGGUAGAUUACCAGAUGUACGACUACAGCUUAGACAUGUGGAGUUUAGGCUGCAUGCUGGCCAGCAUGAUCUUCCGGAAAGAGCCCUUCUUCCACGGUCACGACAACUACGACCAACUCGUGCGCAUCGCCAAAGUGCUGGGGACAGAGGACCUGUACGACUACAUCGACAAGUACAACAUCGAGCUCGAUCCCCGCUUCAACGACAUCCUCGGCAGACACUCGCGGAAGCGGUGGGAGCGCUUCGUGCACAGCGAGAACCAGCACCUCGUGAGCACCGAGGCGCUCGAUUUCUUGGACAAGCUGCUGCGCUACGACCACCAGACACGACUCACUGCCCGGGACGCCAUGGAGCACCCCUACUUCUAUCCCAUAGCGAAAGACCCGGCAAGGAUCGGCACCGCAGCUGGACUCUCGGCCAGUAACACGCCCGUCAGCUCCUCCAGUAUGUUGGCAGGUAUUACCUCGAUGUCCGCCUCCCAGCCCAUCGGCAGCCUGGCUGCCUCGCCCGUCAUCUCCUCUCCCAACGCUUUGGGCUCGCCGGUUCCCGCUGCCGCCGGCGUCCAGCCCUGAACUCACCUCUCGACCGCCGGCUUCCCGCAGCGCCGAGGCCGGU